AUGGGUGGACUCAAUCUAUCUAAAGGAUUACUCAACAGGGAAAGAAUUGAGUUUGCUAAUGUGGUUUGGUGCUCUGUGGCAGUCCCGAAGCAUAGAUUCAUCCUUUGGCAAGCUUCUCUUGGUCAUCUCCUUACUCGGGAUAAGCUGCAGUAUUGUAACUUGGAGCUGCCUUCUUUACUGUGUCCUGUUUGUGAAAUGGAGCAGGAAUCUCAUGCCCAUUUUUUUUUUGUCUGUCCCUUUUCUCAACAGCUCAGGGCUCAAAUGAUGGAUUGGUUGGGUAGGGAUCUUUGGACGAUUACUUAUGAACAUUGGUGUACAUGGAUGUGUGGGAAGCCGAAAAGUCUGAACCAUCAGAUGUUUGCUGCUGCAUUGGCAGCUUCUGUGUACAUGAUCUGGAGAAAUAGAAACCUCUUUGUGUUUGAGUUGAGAUCUUUGUCUAUUGGUCAUGUAAUCCAGUUGAUUAAGUUUAGUAUUAUGUCUAGAUUAGCCAGGUUUCCUAAGCUGAAAGUUAAGGCUAGUGAGGUGGCAUUUUUUGAGGCUGUUACUCAGAUGUAA